AUGCCUCGUAAGUCUGAUAACACUACAGAGGCUAGAGAUGGAGGAAAUACUAUAGGAGUCAGUGGUGGAUUAGGGGCAGGCGGUAUAAGUACGAAGGAAGCUGGCGUGUCCAUUGAUGACCAUACUCUUCCAAAAUCUAUAGUAACUCGCCUUGCCAAAGGUGUGCUCCCGCAAAACACCAGUGUUCAGAAAGAUGCCAUCCUUGCUCUUUCUAAAGGCGGCACUGUAUUCAUCAACUACCUUUGUGCAACAGCAAACGACACAGCUAAAAACCAUGGAAGAAAAAUGAUCAAUCCUAAAGAUAUUCUCGAGGCCAUGCAGAUGAUGGAGUUUGAUGACUUUGUUCCUCGCUUGGAGGCUGAACUAGCUAAAUUCAAUGAACUUGCUGCCGAGAAGCGUGUAGCGGCAAAAAAGCCUUCAAAAUCCAAGGACUGUGUUGCUAUAUCAGGAUCCGGUGCUGUUAAGCAUUCGCCCUCCGAGUCCUCACGUAAUGGGAAUGACUCCCCCCCAGCGCCCAAGAAGAUGCGUAGGGUGGGGGACGAGGAAGAGGAAGAGGAAGAGGAAGAGGAAGAGGAGAUAGGAGAUGAAGAAGAGGACGAUAUUGACGAGACAGAGGAAACCGAGUCUGAAGCCCUGGACGAAGAAAGUGAUGAAGCUCCUGAAGAGGUUGAUGGAAGGAAUGGCCAGGAUGAGGAGGACGAAGCACUUGAUAACGGCAUCGAUAGUGAUUAG